GUUAUCAACUGUUAAAACUACGGUAAAAACACCUAGGAGAUUUACGAUCCGUGUUAGGACGGCUUAAAGUAUGUUAGGAAUUUAAAAUACCGAUGAAUUAAAUUGCUUAAACUUUACCAAAAAAUAGAAAAUAUUAAAAAAACCUUUAAAAUGAAUGUGAUAAGUGCAGUAAAAAUGUAUGUUACAAAAAUGACAGAUGACAGUGGACCAGGAAUGAAAAUAUUAUUGAUGGAUAAAGAAACGACAAGUAUUGUGAGUAUGGUCUAUUGUCAAUCUGAGAUACUUCAACGUGAAGUGUAUUUACUGGAACGAUUAGAUAGCGGUUCUCGAGAUGAUAAGGAUUCUGGAUUACGACAUUUAAAAUGUUUAAUAUUUUUACGACCUACACAACAAAAUAUUCGUUUAUUAUGUAACGAAUUAAAAAAUCCAAAAUAUGGUUCAUAUUAUAUUUAUUUCAGCAACAUUUUAGCUAAAGCUGAUGUAAAAACAUUAGCGGAAUUCGAUGAACAAGAAGUAGUUAAAGAAUUACAAGAAUUAUACGCUGAUUAUUUAGCAGUAAAUACACAUUUUUUUUCAUUAGGAAUUCCAUGUUGCAUUGAAAAUGGACAAUGGGAUAAAAUCUUACUGACACGAACAAUACAAGGCGUGACAGCUGUACUUUUAUCGUUAAAAAAAUGCCCAUUAAUACGAUAUCAAGCGAAUUCAACGCCAUGCAAAAAAUUAGGUGAAGGUAUACGUGAAAUAUUAUCCAAAGAAAAUGCUCUGUUUGAUUUUCGACGUAACGAAGUUCCUCUAUUGUUACUGUUAGAUCGACGAGAUGACCCUAUCACGCCCCUUUUAAAUCAAUGGACAUAUCAAGCAAUGGUACAUGAAUUAUUAACAAUAUCAAAUAAUCGUGUAAAUUUAUCAAAUAUACCGGGUAUCUCAAAAGAAUUGUAUGAAGUUGUUUUAUCAGCUGAACAAGAUGACUUCUACGCUGAAAAUUUAUAUAAAAAUUUUGGUGAAAUUGGACAAACAAUUAAAGAAUUAAUGGAAGAAUUUCAAAAACGUGCAAGAAAACAUCAAAAAGUUGAAAGUAUUGCUGAUAUGAAACAAUUUGUUGAAACAUAUCCACAAUUUAAGAAAAUGUCCGGAACAGUAUCAAAACACGUAACUGUCGUUGGUGAAUUAUCAGCAAUGAUUAGUAAACACAUAUUAUUGGAAGUUUCUGAGAUUGAACAAGAAUUAGCAUCACAAAAUGAUCAUUCUCAACAUUUACAGAGUAUAAGAAAAUUAAUAAAUAAUAGUAAAGUACGUGAAAUUGACGCUGUACGAUUAGUUAUGUUGUACGCAUUGCGUUAUGAAAAACAUAGUAAUAACGAUAUCCAAGGUUUAGUGGACUUAUUAAAAAAGAAAGGUGUUAGCGAAAAAAUGAUUAAGGGUGUCUCAAAUAUCAUAGAGUAUGGAGGUACACAAGCUCGACAAAGUGAUAUAUUAGGAAUACAAGAUGCUGUGAAAAAAACGAAACGUUUAUUUAAAGGUUUAAGUGGCGUGGAAAAUGUUUACACACAACAUCAACCAUUAGUAAUUGAAACAUUAGAAGAAUUAUUGAAAGGAAAAUUACGUGAAAAUUUAUAUCCAUUUUUGGGCAGUCAACAAAAUUAUAAACGACCACAGGAUAUUAUUGUUUUUAUUGUGGGUGGAGUUACCUAUGAGGAGUCUCUAGCUGUUAAUAAUUUUAUGUUAGAUAAUCCAUCGGUGAGUGUUGUACUUGGUGGAACUGAUAUUCAUAAUACAACAAGUUUUUUACAAGAAUUAGAAUGUGCUGUUCGAGGAUCAACGUACAAAAAAUUCACAUAAUUUUGUAAAAAUUCGUAUAUAUUUUUUUUAAGUAUUAUUUAUAAAAUUAAUAUAUAUUUUUGUUUUGUAAGUUUAAUG